AUGUCAGAUUCCAAUAACAUUGACAAAGACGAAAUUGUUUUAUUGAAGCAAAGGAUCCAAGAUCAUCCCGUUGAUAUUUUGGGUUACUUAGAAUUGAUAAAGGUUUUAGAGAAAAGUGACAAUUUUGCAGAAAGUAGAGAAGUGUAUGAUCAAUUGCAUAAAAGAUUCCCAUUUUAUUCCCCUUUAUGGACCAUUCAAUUGAAAAAUGAAUUACAAAGAGAUGAAUUCGAAACUGUUGAAAAAUUAUUAGCACAAUGUCUUUCCGGUGAUUUAGAAAAUAAUGAUUUGGCUCUUUGGUCUACUUAUUUAGAUUAUGUAAGAAGAAAGAACAAUAUUAUUACUGGUGGCCAAGAGGCUCGUGCUAUUGUAAUUAAAGCUUUUGAUUUAGUCUUAGAAAAAUGUGCCACUUUUGAGCCACGCUCUUCUCAAUUUUGGAAUGAUUACCUUGGCUUUUUAGAAACUUGGAAACCUGUUAAUAAAUGGGAAGAACAACAACGUAUAGAUUUGAUUAGAUCUCUGUAUAAAAAAAUGUUAUGUGUACCAUUUGAUAACCUUGAAAAAAUGUGGAGUAGAUAUACACAAUGGGAACAAGAUACUAAUAAUUUAACAGCAAGAAAAUUCAUUGGUGAAAUAUCCUCUGAAUAUAUGAAAGCCCGUUCCUGUUAUCAAGAAUGGUUGAAUUUAACUUCAAAUUUAAGAAGAGUAUCACCAAAUUCAUUAAAUAGUGCAAAUAAAAAAAAUAUUCCACAAUAUGAUAAUGAAAGUAUUGCUUUUGAUCAAUUAAAAAUUUGGCGAAAUUGGAUUAAAUGGGAAAAGGAAAAUAAAUUAUUACUAUCUGAUGAUUUAUUAAGGAAAAGAAUAUUAUAUAUUUAUAGACAAGGUAUCCAAAAUUUACUAUUCGUUCCAGAGAUUUGGUAUCAAUAUUCAAUGUAUGAUAAUGAAAUUUUACAACGUCAACAAAUUUUAUCCAUUGCAGUAUUAGCAAAUCCAAAUUCUGCAACAUUGACUUUUAAAUUAGCAGAGUGUUUUGAAUCAAAUAAUAAUAAUGAAAAAGUACAGGAAACUUUUGAAAAUUGCACUAAAUGCUUAAUCAAUGACUACAAUAAAAUUUUAGAAGAAUGUGCAAAUGAUAAUGAUCACCCUACUGUUUAUAGAGUAAGGCAUGAAUUAACUUUUGUUUAUUGUAUUUAUAUGAAUACAAUGAAGAGAUUAUCAGGUUUAUCUGCUGCAAGAGUAGUAUUUGGUAAAUGCCGUAAAUGGAAAGGAAUACUGACACACAUUAUAUACAUUGAGAAUGCAUAUUUAGAAUUCCAAAAUCAAUUCGAUUAUAAAACUGCAUUUAAGGUUCUAGAAUUGGGUUUAAAGUUUUUCCAAAAUGAUGGCAAGUAUAUUAAUAAAUACUUGGAUUUCUUAAUUCUAUUAAAUAGAGAUUCACAGAUAAAAACUUUAUUUGAAUCAUCAGUUGAAAAAGUAAAUGACUUGACUCAAUUGAAAUCCAUAUUUAAAAAAAUGAUAGCGUAUGAAUCAAAAUUUGGUAAUCUAGGAAAUGUUUAUGCAUUAGAAGAAAGAUAUUUCAAGAAAUUUCCUAACGAAAAGUUAAUCGAAACAUUUACAGAAAGAUAUACCAUUCAAAAUGAGAACGUAUUAAAAAAAUUGGAACUCACAUACUUACAACAAGAAAAUAGGUUCAAUAACGAGCAUGAAUUGGAUACUUCUCAAUUUAAUCCAAUGAAGAGGUCAUUGGAAAAUGAUCAAAAUGAUAAUCAUGAAAAGAAGAUGAAAUCCAAUCCUUCAAUUCCACCUGAAAUAUUCGAUUUGUUAACAGUAUUGCCAAAACGCCAAUAUUUCAAGACAGCAUUACUAGAUCCCCAUAAAUUCAUAAAUUAUUUGAAUGAUCAAGUUGAACUUCCAUCAAGUUCAGAUAAAGUUUAA